AUGGAAGAGUCAGAGUUUGUAGCUCUGCCUGGUGGCGGAACUAGGCCGCCGUUGACGAUGGAUGAGCGUAUUGGUGGUUGUAUAUACGAGUAUACGGAUGUUGAGAUAAUGAUAAACGAACAGCGAGGAGCUCGGCCGGUAAAUUUUGCUGUAUUUUGUCUGUUUUUUGAAUUUAGGCAAUGCCUAUGUUAAUAUAGAAGUAUAUGUCGAAAAACGCUCAUAACUUGCUUCAACCCUAAAAUUUUAGGUACCUUUUGCUGGAAUGGAUAAAUCAGGUCGUGGAGUAUGUAUAAGAUUCAGUAGAGACCCGAAUAGUUGCCCAUUGGGCGUGUUAUGCCCUCUACGACAUCUAAUUGGUGAUAAACAAGUUGUAUGUAAACAUUGGCUUCGUGGGCUGUGUAAAAAAGGAGAUCAAUGUGAAUUUUUGCACGAAUAUGAUCUAAGCAAGAUGCCGGAAUGUUACUUCUUUUCCCGAUACAGUAAGUUGAUGUUGAGUUUGGUUUAACUGUGUUUUAGUGGCUUGUUCGAAUAAGGAAUGUCCGUUCAGACAUAUUGAUCCUGAUAGCAAGAUAAAGGACUGUCCGUGGUAUGACCGAGGGUUUUGUCGGCAUGGUAAGUGUUUUGCUGAUUCGGUGGUAUGUUUUUAGGUAAUAACUGAUGAUUUUAGUUAACUUAUGGCAGUUUAAAAUCUACAACACCAAGUUAUGGUUGAUAUUUCUUAUAUUAAUUCCAGGCCCAUAUUGUAAACACCGUCAUCGACGACGUGUCUUAUGUCCAUUAUAUCUUGCUGGUUUUUGUCCAAAAGGUCCAGAAUGUAAACUAGCGCAUCCAUCAUUUGCAAUUCCACAAAUCGACCGGUCAGUAGGCCAACCGUUUAAGGUCAACACAGCCAUAACUUGUCAUAAUUGUCACGAAAGAGGUCAUAAAGCCGGUCAUUGUCCACAUUUACCGAACACAACUUCAAUGCAAGCUGUGGAAGCGCUGCAGGCGAACGGUGAUGGCGAUAGAAAGACGCUGCAGGAAGUGGUGUGCUUCAAGGUAGGGUAAUAUAAUUUUUUGGUCAGGGAUGGGAGGGCAAAAGUGGCAGGGUUGUUUUUGGUAAACUAGUGUUAGACUUGAGUUGUGAAUGAUAUAAAAUGACAUUCGGAUUAAUAUUGGAUCUAAAAAUUUUGUUAUAAGCAAAGGUUGAGGAGUUAAUACCUACUAUAAUAUUAAUUACUUUUUUUGGUAGAUUUGCUUAUAUUUUGGGUUCAAAUUGCUUUGAUAUUGUUAAAAAGGGUCUAUUUGAUGUAUUUAAUAGUAGCAAAUUCAGUUUUUUGAACAAACAAUAUUAUUUUAUAUAAAAGUUUGAGAUCUGAUACCUACUAUGAUAUAAGGUGUUUUCGUUAAAAUAUUUUAGGUUUUUACUGCUUGUUUUUUGUUUUAAAGUGUAAAAUACGUAGUGUAAAAAGAUUAUUGAUAAUAAAAAUUGUUAAAAAUUUAAAUUUUUAUAAUAAAUUUAAAAAUUUUAAAAAAUUGAUGCCAACAAUAAUAUAAAAAUUUUCAGUGUGGAGAGAAAGGACAUUAUGCGAACAGAUGCAACAAAGGUGCCUUCGCUUUCCUCUCGAAUCAGAAGCAGAUCAGCGCUCAAUAA